GGAGGAGGAGGAGGAGGAAGGCCGAGGCCCCGCGGAGGCUCAGCAGCCCGGCCGCCGUCCCCUCCCGCAGCCCGGACCCCGGCCUCGUCCCGCGCCCCCCGAGCCGCGGCGAUGGAGCCGGCCGCCGCGCCGCCCUCCUGCCCGCGCCCCGCGCCGCCGCUCGGGGGCCCCGGGCCGCUGGGCGAGUUCCUGCCGCCGCCCGAGUGCCCGGUGUUCGAGCCCAGCUGGGAGGAGUUCGCCGACCCGUUCGCCUUCAUCCACAAGAUCCGGCCCAUCGCCGAGCAGACGGGCAUCUGCAAGGUGCGGCCGCCGCCGGAUUGGCAGCCGCCGUUUGCAUGUGAUGUCGACAAGCUUCACUUCACGCCCCGGAUCCAGAGGCUGAACGAGUUGGAGGCGCAGACCCGUGUAAAACUGAAUUUCCUGGACCAGAUUGCCAAGUACUGGGAGUUGCAGGGCAGCACGCUGAAGAUCCCCCACGUGGAGAGGAAGAUUCUGGACUUGUUUCAGCUGAAUAAGUUAGUUGCAGAAGAAGGUGGAUUUGCCGUUGUUUGCAAGGAUAGAAAAUGGACCAAAAUUGCCACCAAGAUGGGGUUUGCUCCUGGCAAAGCCGUGGGCUCCCACAUCAGAGGGCACUACGAGCGCAUCCUCCACCCCUACAACCUGUUCUUGUCGGGGGACAGUCUGAGGUGUCUGCAGAAGCCUAACCUGGCCACAGACACCAAGGACAAGGAGUACAAGCCCCACGACAUUCCCCAGAGGCAGUCUGUGCAGCCCCUGGAGACCUGCCCCCCCGCCCGGCGAGCAAAACGCAUGCGAGCAGAGGCCAUGAAUAUUAAAAUAGAAUCAGAAGAGACCACAGAAGCCAGAACUCACAAUCUGAGACGUCGAAUGGGUUGUCCAACUCCAAAAUAUGAAAAUGAGAAAGACGUGAAAAGCAGCAUCAAGCCGGAGCCCUCGGAGAAGAAGGAGCACCUGAUGGAGAGUGAGAGGGAGAAACCCAAGAGCCGACCGAAGAAAACCACCAGUGCUGUGGACCUGUACGUCUGCCUCCUGUGCGGCAGCGGCAGCGACGAGGACCGGCUGCUCCUGUGUGACGGGUGUGACGACAGCUACCACACCUUCUGCUUGGUCCCGCCCCUGCACGACGUGCCCAAGGGAGACUGGCGGUGCCCGAAGUGCGUGGCCCAGGAGUGCAGUAAGCCACAGGAAGCCUUUGGCUUUGAGCAAGCCGCCAGAGACUACACCCUCCGCACUUUUGGGGAAAUGGCAGACGCGUUCAAGUCUGACUACUUCAACAUGCCAGUCCACAUGGUUCCCACUGAGCUGGUGGAGAAGGAAUUCUGGCGCCUGGUGAGCACCAUUGAAGAAGACGUCACCGUCGAGUACGGAGCCGAUAUCGCCUCCAAGGAGUUUGGCAGUGGCUUCCCUGUCCGCGACGGCAAGGCCAAGCUCUCCCCCGAGGAGGAGGAAUAUCUGGACAGCGGCUGGAACCUGAACAACAUGCCGGUGAUGGAGCAGUCGGUCCUGGCCCACAUCACGGCCGACAUCUGCGGCAUGAAGCUGCCCUGGCUGUACGUGGGCAUGUGCUUCUCCUCCUUCUGCUGGCACAUCGAGGAUCACUGGAGCUACUCCAUCAACUACCUGCACUGGGGUGAGCCCAAAACCUGGUACGGCGUCCCCGGGUACGCGGCCGAGCAGCUGGAGAGCGUCAUGAAGAGGCUGGCACCCGAGCUCUUCGUCUCCCAGCCGGACCUGCUGCACCAGCUGGUGACCAUCAUGAACCCCAACACCCUGAUGACACACGAAGUGCCUGUUUACCGGACUAACCAGUGUGCCGGGGAGUUUGUGAUCACGUUCCCGAGAGCCUACCACAGCGGCUUCAACCAAGGCUUUAACUUUGCCGAGGCCGUGAACUUCUGCACCGUGGACUGGCUGCCCCUGGGCCGCCAGUGCGUGGAGCACUACCGCCUGCUGCACCGCUACUGCGUCUUCUCCCACGACGAGAUGAUCUGCCGCAUGGCCGCCAAGGCCGGCGUGCUGGACGUAGUGGUGGCUUCCACCGUCCAGAAGGACAUGGCCAUCAUGAUCGAGGACGAGAGGGCGCUCCGCGAGACCGUCCGCAAGCUGGGAGUCAUUGACUCGGCAAGACUGGAGUUUGAGCUGUUGCCGGACGACGAGCGUCAGUGUAUAAAGUGCAAAACGACGUGCUUCAUGUCGGCCGUGUCCUGUGACUGCAAGCCCGGCCUGCUGGUGUGCCUGCACCACGUGCCCGAGCUGUGCUCCUGCCCUCCCGGCAACUACAUGCUGCGGUACAGGUACACCCUGGACGACCUCUGCCCCAUGAUGAACGCACUGAAGCUGCGAGCGGAGUCGUACAACGAGUGGGCCGUGACCGUGAACGACGCUCUGGAGGCAAAGCUCAGCAAGAAGAAAAGCCUCGCCAGCUUGAAGGCUUUGAUCGAAGAGUCUGAGACGAAGAAAUUCCCGGACAACGACCUCCUGCGCCACCUUCGCCUGGUCACGCAGGACGCGGAGAAGUGCGCCUCUGUCGCCCAGCAGCUGCUCAACGGGAAGAGGCAGACCAGGUUCCGAUCUGGGGGAGGCAAGUCCCCGAACCAGCUGACGGUGAGCGAGCUCCGGCAGUUCGUGACGCAGCUGUACGCGCUCCCCUGCGCCCUGAGCCAGGCCCCGCUGCUGAAGGACCUUCUGAGUCGUGUGGAAGAGUUCCAACAGCAGAGCCAGAAGGUGCUCUCCGAGGAGACGCCCAGCGCGGCCGAGCUGCAGGAGCUGCUGGACGUCAGCUUCGAGUUUGAUGUUGACCUCCCGCAGCUCGCGGAGGUGCGCGUCCGCCUGGAGCAGGCCCGUUGGCUGGAAGAGGUGCAGCAGGCGUGCCUGGACCCCAGCUCCCUCACCUUAGACGACAUGAGACGCCUCAUAGACCUGGGCGUGGGCCUGGCGCCGUACGCAGCCGUGGAGAAAGCCAUGGCCAGGCUCCAGGAGCUGCUCACGGUGUCUGAGCACUGGGACGACAAGGCCAGGAGCCUGCUCAGAGCCAGGCCCCGGCAGUCGCUGACCAGCCUGGCCACGGCGGUGAAGGAGAUGGAGGAGAUCCCCGCCUACCUGCCCAGCGGGGCUGUUCUGAAGGACGCGGUGCAGAAAGCCAGGGAUUGGCUUCAGGACGUGGAGGCCCUGCAGGCCGGAGGGCGCGUGCCCGUGUUGGACACGCUGGUGGAGCUGGUCACGCGCGGCCGCUGCAUCCCCGUGCACCUGAGCUCCCUGCCGCGGCUGGAGGCCCUGGUCGCCGAGGUCCAGGCCUGGAAGGAAUGUGCUGCCAACACAUUCUUGAUGGAGAACUCCCCGUACUCCCUCCUGGAGGUGCUGUGUCCUCGCUGUGACGUCGGCCUUUUGGGGUCAAAGCGGAAGCAGAGGAAGUUGAAGGAGCCCUUGCCCAGUGGGAAGAAGCGGGGCAGCCGGCUGGAGAGCCUGAGCGACCUGGAGCGCGCCCUGGCCGAGAGCAAGGAGACGGCAGCCGCUAUGGCGGCCCUGGGGGAAGCCCGCCUCCGGGAGAUGGAGGCCCUGCAGUCCCUGCGCCUGGCCAACGAGGGGAAGCUGCUGGCGCCCGGCCAGGAGGCGGAGACGAAGGUGUGCCUGUGCCAGAAGGCCCCGGCCGCCCCCAUGGUCCAGUGCGAGCUCUGCCGCGACGCCUUCCACACGGGCUGCGUGGCGGUGCCCGGCGCCUCGCCAGGCCCCCGCAUCUGGCUGUGUCCCCUCUGCCGGCGCUCCGAGAAGCCCCCGCUGGAGAAGAUCCUGCCGCUGCUGGCCUCCCUGCAGCGCCUCCGCGUGCGCCUGCCCGAGGGCGACGCCCUGCGCUACAUGAUCGAGAGGACGGUGAGCUGGCAGCACAGGGCCCAGCAGCUGCUGGCGUCCGGGAGCCUCACGCCCGUGCAGGCGCGCACGGGGCCCGGGCUGUCCCACAGCAGGUGGCCAGCCGCGGCCGGACCGGCGUCCGAGACCAGCAAGGCGCCCCAGCCUCCCGGCACCGCGUCCCCCGAGCCCGGCGACCAGGACAGCAGGAGCUCGUCUCUGCACGCCCCCUUCUCGGCCGGAUGGAGCUGCGUUCCCCUCCACGGUGUGAGCCCAGAAGUGAGCGAGCUGCUGAUGGAGGCUCAGCUGCUCCAGGUCACCCUUCCUGAGAUCCAGGAGCUUUACCGGACACUGCUCACGAAGCCCAGCCCCGCCCUGCAGACGGGCCGCAGCUCCCCGGGCAGACCCGGCGGCGAGAAGAGCGAGUGCUGCCGUGCCCAGCGGGAGGGAAGCAGCAGCCUGGAGAGGAAGCCGAAGCGCCGCCCCGAGAGAGACGGCCUCGCCGGCGAGCACUGGGGCCGCGUGCGGAAGGUGUGGGCCCCCGGGAGGAAGAGGAUCAGACUGGGCCACCCCCAGGACACGGACGCUUUCCCGUUAGAGAGCGAGCGCGGCUACGCGGCGGUCCGCCCGGCCGACACCCACUCCCUGCCCUCGGACACAUCCUCCUCGGAGCAGGAGGACUCUGAGGACGAAGACGCCAUCUGCCCGGCUGGGAGCUGCCUGCAGCCGGAGGGCGAUGAGAGAUGGCGGCGAAGGAGGACUACGUCUGUGCGCGCUGCGCCGGGACGGCCGCGCCGAGCCGGAAAUAAACCCGCCCCUUGUGGAGGGGCCGCCGCCGUUCCUCAGCAAAGCCACAGGACUGGGUCAGACCAGCCUGUACACGGUGCUAUUUCUAUUCCGAAUGGAUCGUUUUCCAGAACUCUUUGGAAAAAAGAAAAAAAACAACUAAAAAAUUUUUUGACACCUUUUGUAUUUUUUCCUUAAGAGCCGUUUGUGGUUGUUGGGUGACAUGCUGGCUGUGUGGCAGGGUUCCCGCCCACCGGAGGCUCUGGCGCUCGCACCUUCUCACGCACAGCACCCCACGCGCUGCCGGACCCCCACCAGCCCAGCUCCGUCUCGUGCCCAGAGGCACAGGAAUUCCAGUAAAUCCUCGUGGGAGGAGUUCUCCGUUUACUGUUACCAUAUUGGGAACUUGAGUUUUCACUUUGGGGUUUUGUUGUUUCUUUAUCCGCUUUUCUUUUUCCUCGUAGACUAGGUUUAUUUAUCUGAGCAAUAACUUCCAUGUUGUUUCAGUGGCUGGAAUUAAAACAAACAAACUUCC